AUGUCGCACCGACCUUGUGAGUGUCGUUUCACCUAUGGCUACCCAGAUGAGGUCGUCCUGGCGGUGGACGACGAGAGACGCCGCCUGGGGAAGGCAGUUGAUCGCCUGACCAGGCAGCUUGAGGAGGCUAGGGGAGUGACCCACGGCCAGGCUAUACACCUUAGGGAGAUGGAGCAGAGCCUUAGAGAUGAGGAGGAGAGGACAGAUUCCUUCCGUCGUCAGUUACACAACAUGCACCUGCACCUCCUCGCUAUGAAGAGGCAGCUACGGGAGCGGGUCCGGGAUGUGAUAGCUGACUGUGAGAUUGUGUUAGAUGUGGUCGCGGAGGUGCCACCCAGGGCCACCGGACCGGAGCCGAUGGAGGAUGCUGAUACCUUGGACUCGGUUGGGGACUGGGCCCCUGGGGGAGGCGCUUUAGGGCCGCCUAUCUUUUUGCACUUAAAAAUGGACUUCGGUGGUCAAGGUCGAGGUAGGAGGCGAGGUCGAGGCCUCGAGGUAGAAAAUGAACCUGAAAGUAACCAGGAGAGACGGGAGGAUGAUUUCAUUCACCUGCGCCAAGGGGCGCUAAGUGUUGCCAAAUACGAGACCCAAUUCACUAAAUUGUCUCGUUUCGCUCCGGAUUUGGUGUUAACGGAGCAAAAGCGGAUCCGCCGCUUUGUUCAGGGAUUGAACGUGGAGAUUCAAGAAGCGUUGGCCGCUGCUCAGUUGGAUACUUUUAGUCAGGCGUUAGAAAAAGCGCAGAGGAUUGAGACAGCCCGGGGUCAAGUAAAGGCAUUCCAUGAUAGAAAGAGAAGGCAGCCGGGCACCGGAAACUUUAAUGUCGGACAAAGCUCGAGGAACGAGCCGCCCACUAAAAUGGGGAGGGGAGCAGGAGGUCCACGAUCGACGGAGACUUCAAACCAGGGAAAUGCUGGAAAGGGACAAGCGGGGCGAGGGCCCCAAAGAGGUGGCCACAGAGGAGGGGCGACUACAGGGACGAGACAGACCUGUGGUUUUUGUGGAGGCAACCAUACUGCCGAUAAUUGCUGGAAAAAUAGUGCAGUCAGGAAAUGCUUUAAGUGUGGCAGUACAGAGCAUCUGAUUGCACAAUGCCCAAAUAUGCGGACUGAAGGAAGCACUUCACGGGCAAAAGGGACUACGCCAAAACCAGAAAAUGCAGCAGGGAACCGACCAAAAGUGCCUACGCGGGUUUAUGCUUUGGGCCAUCAGGAGGUGACUGACCCUUCGGUAGUCAUCGAAGAUAUUAAAGCAGGAAAGCUGCCAUCUGAUUUAGAAAUAAAGACUCCCAUUAGCAAUAAGAGCAUCCUUGCCAAUAUGAUGUACAAAGGCUGUGACGUGUGGAUAGGGGAACGAAAGUUAUCGGUAGAUUUAAUAGAAUUAGCUCUUUUUGGGUACGAUCUUAUAUUAGGUAUGGAUUGGCUAGCUAAGUAUCAUGCACGCCUAGACUGCAGUACGAAAAAGGUUGAAUUUCACAUACCGGGUGAGCCUACAUUGCAAUUAUAUGUACGAGAGAAGUUAGCCUCCACCACUCUUAUUUCUGGGAUUCGGGCCCGAAAAUUGCUAAGUAAGGGUGCCCGAGGGUUUUUGGCCAUGUUGAUUAAUACCCAAGGAGAGCAAUUAAAAGUAGAAAAUGUGCUGGUGGUGUGUGAGUUUCUUGAGAUGUUUCCCGAAGAGUUGACCUCACUACCGCCAGAAAGAGAAAUCGAAUUUAAGAUUGAUCUGCAACCCGGGGCGGAACCAAUAUUGAAAACCCCUUACUGCAUGGCUCCUGCGGAACUGAAGGAAUUGAAAAUACAGUUGCAGGAAUUAUUGGAUCGAGGAUUUAUUCAGAAAAGUGAAUCUCCUUGGGGAGCCCCGGGUGCAGCUAUAUUUUCUAAGCUGGACCUUCGACAGAGAUAUUACCAAUUAAGGAUCCGGAAGGAGGAUAUCCCUAAGACCGCGUUUAAUUCGCGGUACGGGCAUUUUGAAUUUGCAGUCAUGCCCUUUGGAUUGAUGAAUGCUCCAGCUGCAUUUAUGGACUUAAUGCACCGAGUCUUCAAAUCUUACCUAGACCAAUUUGUUGUGGUAUUUAUUAAUGAUAUUUUGGUCUACUCGAAAACUCGUGAGGAUCAUGAAAGGCAUUUGAGGAGAUGGUAUAGCGGUAGACCCACUAAGGUGAAAGCCGUCACAGAAUGGAAACGGCUAGAGAGCCCAACUGAAGUUAGAAGUUUUUUAGGGCUUGCAGGAUAUUAUCGCCGCUUCAUAAAGGACUUUUCCAAGAUAGCUGGACCUCUAACAGACUUGACUAAGAUUCACAAUCAAUUCAUCUGGACCUCGAAGUGCGAGGCCAGUUUUCAAGAGCUAAAUGGGCGAUUAACUUCUGCACCAAUUCUUACUUUGCCCAACGGGAAAGACAGCUUUGUGAAAGAGCUGAAUUUGAGGCAGCGUAGGUGGAUGGAGUUCUUAGACGACUAUGACUGCACCAUUAAAUACCAUCCUGGUAAGGCUAAUGUAGUAGCUGAUGCCCUUAGCCGGAAAGCCUAG